AUGCAAUUUGGCAAUAAGGAUGAACUCAAGGAAGCUAUAAGGGAGUAUGCAAUUGUGCAAGGGAGGAAUGUUAAAUUGGUGAAGAAUGAUAAUAAAAGGAUUCAAGCAAAGUGUGCAGGUCACACGAAAUGCCCUUUUAUUCUGUUUGCUUCCAAGAUAGACAGAGAUGAGCAAACAUUUUCCAUAAAGACUCUCCCCUUAGAGCAUGAGUGUACUAGAGUGGACAAACUGAAAUAUACUAAUUCAAGGUGGCUGUCAAAAAAGUUUGCCGACAAGAUUAGGAAAAAUCCUGAGUGGGAUGUAGGGGCAUUCCAGUCUGAGAGGGGAUUUUUGGCAAGAUGUAGACCUCUCAUUGGUAUAGAUGGAUGCCAUUUAAAUGGACCUUACACAGGGCAAGUUUUAACAGCCGUUGGUGUUGAUGGGAAUAAUGGAAUGUACCCAGUUGCUUAUGUUGUUGUAGAGGUGGAAUCAAAAAGUAGUUGGAUUUGGUUUCUUGAACUUUUGAUUGAAGACUUAAAAAUUGAGAAUGGGAAAGCUUGGGUGUUUAUGAGUGACAAGCAAAAAGGUCUAAUACCUGCAAUUAAGACAUUGCUUCCAACAGCUGAGCACAAAAUAUUCAAGAGACAAGUCUAUCUUAACAUGUCUAGAAAGGAUUAUAGUUUAUAUCAUGUUAAGGAUGCUAAUAGAAGGAUUGCUGGUACGGUUUGGAGACAUCUAGUUGGGCCUAGGAUUGUCAAGAUCAUUGAGAAGAACAAGUUGGGAGCUAGUCAAUGCAUUCCUAGACUAGAAGGUGAGAGCAAAUACCAAGUGAGCUAUAUGUAUGAGGGAGAGUAUGUAGUGGAUCUAAAAGCCAAGACUUGCUCUUGUAGAAGAUGGAAUUUGUGUGGGAUUCCAUGUUCUCAUGCUAUUUCUUGUAUCCUUCGAAAGGAGGCAAAUGUGUUUGACUAUGCACAUGAAUGCUAUAAGAAAGAAGCCUACCUAAGUUCAUAUGAACCUAUGGUACACCCAAUACCAUCCAUGGACCAGUGGCAGAGAACAAAUUGGCCUCCAAUUAAACCUCCUCCAUAUAAGAAGCAGCCUUGA